AUGCUCGUCCAGAGUCCCAUUCCCCGACCUCCUCCACCCAUUCUCCGUCAUCGCAACGUCGGCCCCGUCCACACCGAGUUCCUUCCCAGGACUCUGUGUACUCCCCCCGAUCUCAAUACCUCCCCAGCCUUUGAUCUGAUGCCUCUCGAACAGGCCCAGAGAUCCCCCGUGGGCUCACCGACAAAUCACCCACCCGGCUCCUGGAAUGACGGAUUGGGGGACCGACCAGCCACCCGUGAUGGGUCGUAUCCAGCGGGGUCCGAGGUGAAAGCACACGGGCUCCCGUCGGCUCUCACUCCGGGUCCACCAGGAUCAUCAACUGGUGAUUUUAGCUGGCAGCCCACCUCGAGAGAUCGCAGCUUCACAACUGGAGAGGUCCCGGUACAGCUUCAAUCAAAUAACCCAUUUCUGAAGCCAAAGCCCGUGGAUUCGCGCACAAGCUCGGGAGACCCAAACGAAUGGGAGGAUCGUCAUUCACAUGCGACUACCAACAGUGAUCCAUUAAGUCAGAGUACGAAAUUACACAACCCCCACACCUUCCCCUACCUUCCUCCUGGGAUGAUCAAUGUUGAUGCUGACCCCUUUCUAGCGGAGGGAUACAUCCCCAUGACAGCACGGCUCUCCCUACUUGAUUCUCCCGAGCACGAAUCCCCAUGGGCGGAACACGAUUUGACUCAGUCCGACUAUCAACGUCCUCUUGUCAAUCCUCAGCCCUAUGAGCCAUCCCCAUGGGCAGAGCAUGAGACCCCGCCAUCCCAGUUACAAUCAUCCACUACAAACCCCAAUUCCUCCGACCCAUCACCGUGGGGAUCCCAACAUUCGAUCAAAAUAUCAGCCCCCCAGGAGAUAUAUCUGCAGGGCGGGCAAGCAAAUCCAUACACCCCUCCACCAGCCGUGGUUAUCCAAUCUUCCGACAGUCAACAAAAUGCAUUCGGUCUUGAGCCACCGUACAGCAAUGACAGGCUGGCGUCGGACGCGGGUAUCAGACCACCCUCUGCUUUCUCGAGUGCAACUUCGGCGACUUCGCACGAAUUGAUUGAUUUCGAUCCCCCCAGCGGUCUCGCGGCGAAUACUGGGCCUCAUCGAGCAACCUCGUCAGUAUAUUCUUCGGAGAGUGUCAACAAAGCAGCUUCCAAUUUACAAUCACCAUUGCCAAUUGCAUCGGCCAUGCAGUCUCAAAGCAGCGCUCUAGAGCAGCCAUUGACGGCUCGAAAGCUCUCACCCGCAGAAGCGGCUAGACAACAAGAGCAGAGGGCAGAGACCUAUUCCAUCCGGCAGAUCAACCGGACUGACCGAAAUGGAGAUUUAUUCCAGUCUCCUAUCUUGGUUCAAAAUCAAAAUGGUCCCUGUCCGCUACUUGCUCUCAUCAAUGCGCUUGUGCUACGAGCUGAGCCAAAUACACAACCACCGAUCAUCAAAGCUCUGCGAACUCGCGAGCAAAUUUCGCUCGGCUUGUUGAUCGAGGCUCUCUUUGACGAGUUGACUACUUGCCUAGGGCCACACCAGGAGUUCCCAGACAUUGAAGCGCUCACACAAUUCCUCACGAUGUUGCAUACCGGAAUGAACGUGAAUCCUCGUCUGACAUUGGUACUUAUCCCUCUUCAAUCAUCAGCAACGGCCCGCAUCAGGCUAACUCUAAAACAGGAAACCGAGGAUUCCCUCGGCACAUUUCUUCCAACCCCAGAUAUUCGAUUCUACAGUACAUUUGGCAUUCCUCUCAUUCACGGUUGGAUUGCAUCCUGGUCUGACCCGGCCCAUGAUGCUAUGACCCGAAUUGGUCAAUAUCACGAAGAUAUUCAGUUGUUGCAUUUUAAUAAGCAGGAUCUUGAGGAUCGUGUCAUGCAGGGCCAGUCUCUCUUACCGGAGGAAGAGGGAAAGAUGGCGGACAUCCAAGCCAUUCAGCAUUUUGUUGAUAUCGAAAAUGCAACACAGCUGAGCCCAUUUGGACUGACACAACUAUCUACACGACUCGCACCCGGCUCUAUCUCGAUUCUAUUCCGCAACGAUCAUUUCUCUACCCUAUAUAAACAUCCCGAAUCACAGCAGCUCUUCACUUUGGUCACCGAUGCUGGCUAUGCUAAUCAUGCAGAGGUUGUCUGGGAAUCUCUCGUCGACGUGACUGGCUUCAAUGCAGAGUUUUUGGCUGGUGACUUCCGAGCAGUUGGCCACGGCCCAUCGGGCUCUGGUGGUCCCUCCGGUCCCGUCGGUCCUCGUGCAUCGAGCCUUUCACCGAAUAAUCCACCUGCGGCGAACGAUGGAUCCCAGUCCCCACUCUCGAACCAGGAGCAAAGCGACGCAGAUUAUGCAUAUGCACUCUCACUACAAUUCCAAGAGGAGGAACAGCGUGAAAGGCAGGGCAGUCAACAAGGGAGCGGCAAUGGCCCCCGUGCAUCAGGCCCCGCCCGUCGCGAAUCUGUCCCUCCUCGCAUGCCAAGCUCUUCCCAUACACGAAGCAGCUCUUCACCGCGCAUAUCCUCUCCUCGCAUCAACGGUCCCAGCAGGGUUUCAAGCAUUACGACUGGGCUCCGACAACAACAGUCACAGCCACCCGCUGAGGCCGAUCCCGAUGAUCCACACGCGCCCCCUCCCCCCUACGAGCAAGCUGCGAGCGGCCCACGGUAUUCACCUCCCGAACGACGAAAUCGAUACAGCGACUUCCCUGUGGAUUCAAACGGUUCAUAUUCUCCAAGGUACCCUCCGAAUCGAUAUUCAAACCGGCCCACUACAGACCGAUACAGCGCGGACCGGAAUCGUAACAAAGACUGCGUCGUGAUGUGA